AUGAGGUUCGUCGACUUCGCUAUCGACCUCGCAGCCGUGCUCAAUGCCUCUCGAGGCGUCGCCGCCAAGCAUGUCGCUCUUCGAGGUCGCCAGAUCGACACUUAUAGCCGAACAUCGAGCGUCGCUGCGGCAUUGAGAAAGCGAAAUGCUCAGAAGAGCCCACCGACAGCAGAUGCGACACAUACUGCUACGAGGCCGAAUGAUGACGUGACUUACGGGCAGACUGCACGAGAGACGGAUUCUAUAAUCGAGACGGCGAAAGAUAGACAAAAUGUCCAACCGGAAUCUACGAGCACCGAACGAGCUCCGUUCAGUAGUCCGAUACCAAAUCUCAGGCCGAGUCCACAGCAACAAGCUACAUCCGAACCGGCCAAGGAGGAUGAUCUUGAUUUACCACCCGGAGUCGACAUCAACAUCUUCCAUACGGCACGAGGUUCCAAGGUCCUCGAUUCCCUACGAAAGCAAGGCAGACCUGGUGCACCACCUGCAAGACCUGGAGCCGGAGGUCCCGUGAAGGAGCAUCCCAUGAGAAAUUGGCCUCCUCCCCCACCCCGUCCAGAGGAUAUCUUCGAUGCGGAGCCCGAGAAGCCCCAAGAACCUGUCACAAAAUAUGUGGAACCUACGGAACCCGCGAAGUCUGUAGAGCAGAAGCCUACGCCUGUGCAGGAGAAGUUUGCGGAAACAAAGACUGUAGAGGAGACACCCGUGCCUGAACCAGAGAAGGUCGCUCCGGUUGUCCCUGAAGCUGAUAAGAAGAUCGAUGAAGACGUCAUCCAGGCCGCAAAAGAGAUUGCUGGAGAUGCAGUAGCACCCUCAGAAACCCCACAUGCUCUGAGAGAGUCCAGUGUUCCCUCGUCACGCAUCAGCCGAAUAUGGAAUUAUGGUGGCCUUGCUGCUGGCAUGUUGGGAGGUGCCAUGACCGAAGGCUUCAGCCGAGCUUUUAGUGGCGGUGGUCAGGGAUCCGUCCUCUUGAGUGAGAAGAACAUGGAACGCCUGGUUGCCAAACUCUCGCGGAUGCGUGGUGCUGCUUUGAAGCUUGGUCAGAUGAUGAGCUUCCAGGACACCAAGAUGCUUCCGGCUCCCAUCCAACAGGUCCUUCAACGCGUUCAGGAUCGUGCUGAUUACAUGCCCGCUUGGCAGCGUGAUCGUGUGCUCGUCGCCAAUCUCGGUCCUGAGUGGAGGGAACUAUUUAGCGAGUUUGAAGAAAAGCCCAUCGCCGCGGCUUCGAUCGGACAAGUUCAUAAGGCAGUUUUGAAGAAUGGCAAGCGAGUGGCUGUCAAAAUUCAGUUCCCUGGUGUUGCCGACUCAAUCAACUCAGAUCUCGACAAUCUCAGCCUUCUCCUUACAGCAACUAAGCUUCUACCCAGAGGCCUAUAUCUCAAUAAGACAAUUGACAAUGCACGACUGGAACUUGGUUGGGAGUGCGACUACGAGCGCGAGCUUCAGUGCGCUCAGCGCUACAAGGAGCUUCUUGGAUCGUCUGAGAAGGAUGUUUUUAUGGUGCCGAGUGUCUACCCUGAAGCAUCCGGCAAGCAAGUCCUCACUAUGGACUUCAUGGAUGGCAUUGGCGUGACCCGCAUCACAUCCUUUACUCAGGAGCAGCGCGACUGGAUCGGCACACAGAUUCUUCGACUCUGUCUCCGUGAGAUCACCGAGUUCCGUUUCAUGCAGACGGAUCCUAACUGGACAAACUUCCUCUAUAACGAAGACCUCAAUAUGCUUGAGUUGCUCGACUUUGGAGCUUCUCGCGAGUAUCCCGAUGAGUUUGUUACCCAGUACGUACAGCUCCUUGCUGCGGCCUCUCGAUCCGACAAGGCCGCCGUCAAGGAGUUGUCUGAGAGUCUUGGUUACCUGACAGGCCAUGAGAGCCGCACUAUGGUCGAGGCACACACAAAGUCUGUUCUUACACUCGCUGAACCUUUCCUUGCCAACGCGCCCGACAUCUACGACUUCAAGGACCAGACUAUUACAGAGCGUGUGAAAGCACUGAUCCCUGUGAUGCUUCAAGAGAGACUUGCACCCCCGCCUGAGGAGACAUACAGUUUGCACCGCAAGCUCAGUGGUGCCUUCCUCCUGUGUGCCAAGCUGGGUAGCAAGGUUCCUUGUAAGGUGAUGUUCGAGGAGGCUCUUGCCAAAGGAGGGUACAGUAAGGCGUUUGGUAUGCCGCUAUCGCACCUACCUCAGCUUUUCUAUCGACGGCAUCUUCAGUUCAAGAUGGCGGAUUUAAUCACUUUGGCGACAUGUUCCCUCAAUCAGUGGGUGCUGGAUUGGGCGGGCAACCUUAAGAGAAUCCGCAAGAGUAUCAUCUUGGCCAAGGAAGCUGGAGCUACUCUGAGAACGGGUCCUGAGCUUGAGAUCACAGGCUAUGGAUGUUUGGACCAUUUCCUUGAGGCUGACGUCUAUGAUCACUCCCUGGAAUCACUCCUCGCAAUCUUGGCUGAUACCGAACUCCAUGGCAUCCUUAUUGAUGUCGGUCUUCCUCUUAUGCACAGGGGUUGUCGGUACAACUGCCGUGCCAUUAUCCUCGACGGAAAGCUUUUGUGUCUUCGACCCAAGAUCUAUCUCGCUAAUGAUGGAAACUUCAGAGAGAACCGCUUCUUUACUCCUUGGAACAGACCGAGAUAUGUUGAGCAGUAUAACCUUCCUCCUGGUCUACAGAAGCAUCAAGGUGUUCGACAAGUUCCUAUUGGUGAUGUUGUUCUAUCUCUCAAUGAUACAACUGUCGCUGCUGAGACGUGCGAGGAACUUUUCACUCCCCAGGCACCUCACAUCAACAUGGCUCUCAAUGGCGUCGAAAUCUUCACCAACUCCUCUGGCUCUCACCACACAUUGAGAAAGCUCGAUGAGCGCAUCGCCCUGAUUUCCGAAGCAACCCGCAAGAGCGGCGGUAUUUACCUAUACGCUAACCAGUCCGGCUCCGAUGGAGACAGACUUCUUUACGACGGUUCAUCCCUUAUCAUGGUGAACGGCAACAUUGUGGCCCAAGGUGCUCAGUUCAGCUUGGACGACGUCGAAGUGGUUACAGCGACCGUGGAUCUCGAAGAAGUUCGUGCCUAUCGAUUUGCCCCAUCUCGCAACUUCCAGGCUGUCCAAGCACCAGUGUAUGAAAGAAUUGAGGUCGACUUUAGCCUAAGCGCGGAAGACCUUGACAUUGACCUUCUACGAGCUCCAACACCUCCUAGACCAGCCAGAUAUCACGUCCCCGAGGAAGAAAUUGCCCUUGGUCCCGCUUGCUGGCUCUGGGAUUACUUACGACGAAGCAAGGCUUCUGGUUACCUUGUACCCCUUUCUGGAGGUAUCGAUUCGUGUGCGACCGCCACUAUCGUCUUCAGCAUGUGUCGGCUUGUUGUUGCGGCCAUCAAGGCAGGCAACGAAGAGGUCAUUGAGGAUGUCAAGCGAAUCGCUGUGUACUCUGAUAAGCUGCCCGAAACUGCUGAGGAGUUCUGUAGCCAGAUCUUCCAUACCAUUUACAUGGGCAUGGAGAAGCAGAGCAGCAAGGAGACUCGCCAGCGUGCCAAGGAUCUCUCCGAGCGCAUUGGAAGCUACCACACUGACAUGAACAUCGACGAUACUUUCAACGCCACAAAGAACCUGCUCACUCAAGGCACUGGAUUUGAGCCCAAAUUCAAGGUCCAUGGAGGAUCAGCGACUGAGAACUUGGCUCUACAAAACAUUCAGGCCCGUAGCCGUAUGGUCAUUGCCUAUUACUAUGCCCAAAUGCUGCCAACAGUACGACAGCGACCAGGAGGAGGCAGUCUACUUGUUCUUGGAUCCAGCAACGUCGAUGAGUGCCUACGAGGAUAUCUUACCAAGUACGAUUGCUCUUCGGCUGAUGUGAACCCCAUCGGCAGCGUUAGUAAGACAGACUUGAAGAGGUUCAUCGCUUGGUCCGCCAAGAGCUUUGACAUGCCUAUCCUGGAGGAAUUUAUCCACGCUAUUCCUACGGCCGAGCUUGAGCCUAUUACCGCAGACUAUGUUCAGAGUGACGAAGCUGAUAUGGGCAUGACAUAUGACGAGCUCUCUCGUUUCGGGCGUCUACGUAAAGAAAGCAAACUCGGCCCAUACGGCAUGUUCCUCCGACUUCUUGAGGAAUGGGGUGGUGAGGGCAAACUGACCCCGCGAGAAGUUGCCACCAAAGUCAAGCGAUUCCACGGAUUCCAUUAUAUCAACAGACACAAACAAGCUGUGGCAACACCUGCUGUCCAUGUCGAGAACUACUCUCCAGACGAUCACCGAUUUGAUCUUAGACCCCUGGUUUACCCCUCACCAUGGAAUAGUUGGUCUUUUGAGAAGAUUGAUAAAAGAGUUGAGGCUAUGGAAAAGGCUCUGGAGAAGAAGAAGGCUGCGUCUUUAAAGUAA